AGAGAUCCAUUGGAACCAGGAGAAGAGAAAGAGGCUAGUUUCACUGAAGAGAGACAGAGCAUGGAGACCAUGGCUGGAUUCUCAGCUCUUGGGCUGCUCUUUCUUUUUCAAUUACUAGCCACAUCCUCAGCUCAGAGAGCAGGACCACGAGGCCCUCCUGGACCACGAGGACUCCCUGGACCACCUGGCAAGGAAGGCAUAGAUGGAGAACCUGGCCCACCUGGUUUACCUGGCCCACCAGGGCCGAAAGGUGCACCAGGGAAGCCUGGAAAGGCAGGUGAAGCAGGGUUACCUGGCCUUCCUGGAGUGGAUGGUUUAACAGGACCCGAUGGCCCGCCCGGCCCAAAUGGGCCACCAGGAGAAAGAGGGGCUUUAGGACCUGCAGGGCCGCCUGGACCAGCUGGCAAGGGACUGCCAGGCCCUCCGGGGCCUCCAGGACCCAGUGGACUCCCGGGUGGAAACGGACUUCAGGGGCCACCUGGACCAUCAGGUCUUCCAGGAUUCCCAGGACAGCCUGGACCUCCAGGGCUUCCAGGUCUUCCAGGGGUUCUUCCUGAUGGCGGUGGGGACCUUCAGUGCCCAGCUCUCUGCCCCCCAGGCCCUCCGGGUCCUCCAGGAAUGCCAGGAUUCAAGGGGCAUACAGGCCACAAAGGAGAACCCGGGGAAACAGGAAAAGAUGGUGAGAAGGGAGACGCUGGCCCUCCAGGUCCUCCAGGGAUUCCAGGCAGCGUCGGCCUGCAGGGGCCAAGAGGGUUAAGAGGCCUCAUUGGCCCAGAGGGUCCAGUCGGGGACAGGGGACCUAUUGGUUUCAGAGGGCCACCAGGAAUCCCAGGACCUCCGGGGAAAGCAGGAGACCGAGGAGACAGAGGACCUCAAGGGUUCAGAGGGCCCAAAGGGGAUACUGGUAGACCUGGACCAAAAGGAUCACCAGGGACCGGUGGACCCAUAGGAGAACCUGGCAUGCCUGGCAAAGAUGGACGAGAUGGAACACCCGGACUCGAUGGUGAGAAGGGUGAUGCUGCCCGCUUCGGUCCUCCUGGAGAGAAGGGGCCAAACGGACUUCCUGGGCUACCUGGAAGACCAGGUCACAAGGGUCCAAAGGGUGAACUAGGUAGUCCUGGAGAGAUGGGAGAGGCAGGUCCGUCGGGAGAGCCUGGUAUCCCUGGUGAGGCCGGUAUCCCUGGUGAGAGAGGUGAGCCCGGACCUAGAGGAUCAUCUGGCGCACUUGGUCUUCAGGGCCCAUUGGGAGCCCCAGGUGUAAGAGGCUUUCAGGGCCGCAAAGGUGCCAGUGGGGAACCUGGACUCCCUGGCCCUACGGGGAUUCGUGGUGAAUUUGGUGACAGGGGUUCUGGUGGAGUUUCUGGUCCCAAAGGUAACCAGGGCGCCGCUGGAGCAGAUGGCCUGCCAGGUGACAAAGGAGAACUGGGUCCUUUCGGCCCCCCAGGACAAAAGGGAGAGUCAGGAGAAAGAGGCGAGCUGGGUCCUAAAGGUGUACAAGGACCUAACGGGACUUCUGGUGUGCAAGGGAUUCCAGGUCAUCCAGGACCUAUGGGCUACCAGGGAGAGCAAGGUAUCCCCGGCAUUACUGGAAAACCUGGCCCUCCAGGCAAAGAGGCCAGUGAACAACACAUAAGAGAACUCUGUGGGGGAAUGAUAAAUGAACAAAUUGCACAGUUAGCUGCUAAUUUGAGAAGGCCCUUGGCUCCUGGACUGAUGGGUCGACCUGGCCCAGCGGGUCCCCCAGGUCCACCUGGGGCAAUGGGAAGUGUUGGUCAUCCCGGUGCUCGUGGUCCACCUGGAUAUAGAGGGCCGACAGGAGAACUUGGAGACCCUGGUCCCAGAGGUGAUACAGGUGAAAAGGGAGACAAAGGAGGCACUGGCAUAGGUAUUGAUGGGCCUGAUGGAGAUCAAGGACUUCAAGGUCCACCAGGUGUAACUGGAAUUAGUAAAGAUGGUCGAGAUGGUGCUCAUGGUGAACCCGGUCUGCCAGGUGAUCCUGGUUUACCUGGUGCAAUAGGGGCUCAGGGAACUCCAGGAAUCUGUGAUACGUCAGCCUGCAUGGGUGCUGUUGGAGGAGGAUCCAAAAAAUCUUCAGCACUAAAAGUGGAGAAGUGACUGAAUAUUUAAGUAAACAGUGAAUUGUAUGAAAAGAGUCAGAAUCCUCCUAGUGAUAAAUGGACAAAUAUUCCUUUUAUUAAAAUGAACAAAUGGAGACUUUGACACAGUUAUUCAGUUCCAUGACACAGGAAAGCAUCAGACAAAAACCUUUACUAAAAAGAUGCUUAAAAUUGCUUCCCCACUCUCACCCCUUAUUUUCCAGAAUUUUUACUGCAAAUCAGUCUCACUUUCCCUUCCUCCCCAGUUUGUUGAAGAGACCUACAGGAGGAAGCGCUGCUCCUUUUACUGUCAUCUCCCUAACUGUACAAAAGCUUGUGGCUAUUUUGCAUAAAGGUUUGAGUCUAUGCUCACUGAAUUCAGUAGUGAUUCAGGCACUAAUUGAACAUCAUUGACCAUGUAUAUUUGUUGUCCACCAUGAAUUAUUAGACUGUACCUCAAACAUUUGCCAUGGCUAGUAAAUGUUAAACCCUUUGCACUCUUGAAAUCUAACUCAGCAAAGGGUGUAAUGUAUAUAUUAUAAUUUACAGGGGAGAGUUUUGUAUAUUUCCAUGUUAUAAUAAAGGAUAUUCAAUAACAGCAUCUUCACACCCUCUACUUCAGCUAUUGGCACAGAAUUUGUGAAAAAAAUCCCAAGUCAGAAAGGAUGCUCUUCUCAACACCAGCCAAAAUUACUGUAUGAACUAUUGUAAAAAUAAAAGGAGAUUUUUUUAACCUUUUUUUGUGAUGUUGUAACUGUCAUUAUACACAUCAAAGCUUGUU